AUUCACUUUGCAAUAUUGAUUCAAAGAUUUUUUUCUCAUUAAAUUCGAUGCUGUUAAGUUUCGAAUUGAAUUAACAAUUUAAUAAAACGUUAAAUAGAAGUUUUAAUUUUCCAAGUCAAAGUUAAAAACAGAGUAUAUAAAAAUAGAAAAGAAUCAUGGGAAUGCAGUGGACACCGUGGUUCAAUGUGCCUUGCCAUUGUCGUUUGGAGGUGCUAAGCUUAACGUUUUUCUUUCUUUGUGUGAUCCUUUUGGGUCCAUUAAGUGUCAUCUUGAUUAUUUACUUACUGAUUGCUGGAAAUAUUUUCUGGAAAAUCAUUUGCGUAUCAUAUUUGGUGUUCUUUGUGUUUGAUUUCAAGAGCGGCGAUCGCGGUGGAAGAGGAGCUGGUUCAUCCUGGGUGCGUUCGUGGUCCGUAUGGAAACAUAUAGUUAACUAUUUUCCAAUCGACUUGGUAAAAACAGUUGAUUUGCCACCAGAUCGAAACUACUUAAUCUGCAUAUUUCCACACGGAAUGUUAAGUUUUGGUGCUGCUGGAAAUUUUUGUACAUCCCAUUCAAAAUUUUCAACUUUAUUCCCGGGCCUACGUCCAAAACUGACGACACUUAAUGUACCGAACUUCGUGUUUCCAAUUGCUCGUGAAUUGGGUUUGGCAGUUGGAAAUUGUGCAGCAUCGCCAACAGCAUUAACAAACCUUCUAACCCAAUCGACCGAUCCGAAUCACAAAUCAAAUCGCGAUGGAUACAAAUCAAAUGCAAUCGGUUUAAUAGUUGGUGGAGUUCGUGAACAACGUUUAAUUUUUCCGAAUACUUAUCGAUUGUAUUUGAAGAAUCGUAAAGGUUUUGUUAAAAUUGCACUAAAAACCGGUGCACCACUUGUGCCAGCUUUGUCAUUUGGUGAAAAUGAUUACUAUAACAUGCCUUUCAGUCCAGAUGUAGAAAAUCCAUCUGUAUGGCAACAAUUGAGCGGAAUUUGUGGUGGACGAGGAUAUUUACAGUACAAUUUUGGGAUGCUUCCAAGAAGACAGCCGAUUACAACUGUCAUUGGAGCUCCAAUCGAGGUAGAGCAAGUCUUGCAACCAAAUCAAGACCAGAUUGACAAUGUUCAUAAAGUUUUUUGCACCCGACUCGAGGAAUUGUUCGAAGAACACAAGAGCAAGUACGUUGAGAAUUUCGAUAACGUUCAUUUGGAAUUUGUUUGAAAUGAUUGAGUCGAUAUUUUUCAGUUUAUUUAUGAGUUUUUGUGUAAUUUUCAUGAAAUAAAAGAAGAUUUAGGAUUGUGAUUAAGAAAA